AUGGCCUCAACCUCCCUAUCCACCCCUCUCCCCCUCCCCCCUCCCCAUCCCCCCACAUCAUCCGCCCUCGCACUCGCACAUCUAACACAAGAAGAACACGACGCACUCCAAGCCGCCGUGUUCCAGCGCCUGCAUCCACGACUGUAUCUGGAGCGGUAUGUGAGCGAGCGGGUGAGGCCUGAUGCGCGGCUGUUUGGGGAGGGGAGGGGGGUGAGUGUUGAUGUUGGCUCCAUAUCGACCGCCGACGGCUCCGCGCUCGUCAGGAUGGGCGAAACGACCGUCGUGUGUGGUGUCAAAGCUGAGAUUGCGGAGCCUGAGCUGGAUAGAGAGUCGUUAGGGUUUUUAGUGCCCAAUCUGGAUCUUACUGCGAUGUGCUCGCCCAAGUUUAAACCUGGUCCGCCGACGGAGGAGGCGCAGGUGUUGUCUGAUCGGUUGAAUCAUGCGCUUAUCACAUCGAAUUUUGUAUCGCUGGAAUCGCUGUGCAUACACCCAGGUAAAGCGGUAUGGGUGCUCUACGUCGACGCGACAUGUGUGAAUUAUGAUGGGAACGCGUUUGAUGCGACGUUGCUUGCGAUGGUUGCUGCUCUUCGAAAUACGACACUGCCGCAGGCGACGUAUGACCCUGAAACGAACCGGACGGUAUGUUCGAGGAGAUUACCGAGGGUCCCGCUGCAGUUAGCGAAGAGCACGCCGAUUAGCACGUCGUUUGGGAUAUUCGACUCGAAAUAUGUUUUGCUGGAUCCGACGGCGUUCGAAGAGCCGUUGUUGGAUACUUCUCUGUCGAUUGUGUUGGGUGAUGAGGGUGAUAUUGUGUCGGUUGCGCAGGUGGGGUCGUUGGUGGUUUCUGUGAGCGAGGGUGAGGGUGAGGGAGGGGAGGAGGUGCGGAAGGAUGUGUUGGCGGAGUGUAUAGCGAGUGCGAAGUUGCGGCGCGCAGAGGUUGUAGAUGCGUUGAACGUAACGUGA